AUGCUUAGUUAAUCCUCUACUUAGUCAACCCCCAAAAAAAUCAUGGACCCUCCCUCUGACACCAUCGCAGCUAACAAAGUUACCCAGAAGACAGGAAGAAGAAUAAAAUGCCUGCCUCUUUUCUCUUCCUUCCCUCCUCACUCCUCGUGUUUCCUUCCAUCAAGACACGCCCCCGAGGAUGAAGGACUACGACAGCGAGAAGCAGCCGGUUGAGGCCGCCCCAGGCCCCGGCACGGGGGCCGAGACCAUCCACGACGGCGACGUGCAGAACGAACGUCUGGCCCGGCAGCUCACAUCGCGCCAGGUCCAGAUGAUCGCCAUCGGUGGCACGAUUGGGACAGGCCUGUAUCUCGGGACUGGCAAGGCGCUGGCCACGGGCGGGCCGGCUUCGAUGCUGUUGGCGUAUAGUAUCUGUGGUGCCAUUGUCUUCAUCACGAUGCUGUCGCUGGGUGAGAUGGUGGCUUUUAUGCCUGUCACCGGUUCCUUCUGUACUUUUGCCGGUCGCUUUGUGGAUGACGCUCUCGGGUUCGCCUUGACCUGGAAUUACUGGCUCAACGAUACCGUCUCGGUAGCCUCGGAUGUGAUCGCCCUGCAGGUCCUGCUGGAGUUCUGGACCGACAACUUCCCGGGCUGGGCCAUUAGUUUGAUCUUCCUGUUGGUCGUCGUCGGCUUCAACCUCUUCCCCGUCCGCAUCUACGGCGAGAUCGAGUAUGGCCUGUGUCUGCUCAAGGUGGUCACCAUCGUCGUCUUCAUCAUCGUCGGCAUUGCCGUCAACUGCGGCGGCAACACCAGCCAUUCCUACAUCGGCACCAAAUACUUUUACACGGGGGAUGCCCCUUUUGUGGGCGGGAUUGGAGGCUUUGCUUCCGUCUUUGUGACGGCCUCUUUUGCAUAUGGCGGCACCGAAAACGUGGCCAUCACGGCCGGGGAGACCAAGAACCCCUCCCGGACGUAUCCGCGCGUCAUCCGCAACGUCUUCUGGCGGAUCCUGCUCUUCUACGUGCUCUCCAUCCUCAUGAUCGGCCUCAACGUCCCCUACAACUACCCGGGCCUGUCGGCCGAGACCGCCACGACCAGCCCGUUCACCAUCGUCUUCACCGAGGCCGGCAGCGCGGUGGCCGGCAGCUUCAUCAACGCCGUCAUCAUGACCAGCGCCAUCUCUGCCGCCAACCACGCCCUCUUCGCCGGCUCGCGGCUGCUGUAUACCCUUGCGAAAGACGGCUACGCCCCGCGGCCCCUGGCCCGGCUGAACCGCUUCCAGACCCCCUGGAUUGCCGUGCUGGUGACGUCGCUCUUCAGCGUCAUCUGCUUCGGCGCCAGCUACAUCGGGGCCGGCCAGCUCUGGACCUGGCUGCAGAACCUGGUCGGCGUGUCGAACCAGAUCUCCUGGGCCUGCAUCUGCUUCACCUCGCUGCGCUUCCGCAAGGCCAUCCGCCGCCAGGGCCUGGAGCAUCUGCUGCCCUUCAAGAACUGGACCUAUCCCGUCGGCCCGGCCCUGGCCGUCUUCCUCAACAUCUUCCUCGUUCUCAUCCAGGGCUGGUCGUGUUUCUCGCCCUCGUUCAACGCCGUCGACUUUGUCUCCUACUACAUCGAGAUCCCGCUCAUGCUGAGCAUGUUCCUGAUCUGGAAGUUGUGGAAGCGCUCGAGACUCGUCUCGCUGGACGAGAUGGAUCUUGCCACCGAUCGAUAUACAGAGGAGGAAGAGCAGGUUGUCGAGGAGGAGAAAUCCAAGCUCGAUUUUCUCUACCGCGCACGAUCAUGGCUUCUCUGAUGUACAUAUAUUAUGACAUGCGUAUGAAUAAGAUGAA